CGAAGAUAGCUGGGAUAGGCUCCAGCACUCCCGCGACCCUAGUGAGGAGAAGCGGUACGGAAAAUGGAUGGAUGGAUGAAAACAUUUUGCAUCAAUUGAAUGGCCAUUGUGCUGCUGCCUGCCUUGGCCACCUGGGGGCAGUAUAAGACAGACAGACGGAUAUACUGUACAUGGACAUCUGUACAGUAUAAACGUCUCAGCUCCUCGCAGAGGAUCAAAAAUAUAUGAGAAUAUGUGACUGUGAGUACUGUUAUAUUGAAUGUCUAACGCUGUGUCCGAAAUUGUUUACUCACUCACUACCCCCAACUCCCCAUGUAGUUUUGCACUAUAGAGUGGACUAUAUCAUGAGCUCAUUUAUAAUAGUUUUCGGACACUACACGGCGCUCUGUCGCUCAAUAACAAAGUAGGCUUUUGCGGUAGGUAAAAAGUAAAAUAAAAAAAAGAUUGCUGCACAUUAAUAAAAUGAGAUUUUGUAAACAAAUAUGUGUCAUGUUCAUGCAAGUUAGCGAUGCUAAAUAACUUGUUAUAGAAGCGUUACUGUACAUUGCUAUAAAAAUGCCAACAGUAACAACAAUGGCUACUGAAUAUUUUGGGUGGUAUAUUUUUUAUUUUUGGGGCUGGCUUUAACAAAACGUAAGAGGGUGGCGGGAAGCACAGUGUUAGGGGAACUCUGCCCCCCCACAGAACCGCCAUUGAUUGAACCAUUUUACAGACAAGCAUGUGCAGCAAAGCCAAUGCUAGCUGUAAAGUGGACAUGCUUCUGGGCUCGGCUUACAGCCCUGUGUUUGUCCUGGGGUUUCUUGUCAAUACCGCGGUCCUGCGUGCGUUCAUGCGACAGGCCUGCUGGACAGACACCCACGUCUACAUGUUAAACCCGGUUAUAGCUGACUCUGCCCUCAUCAUCUGCAUUCCCUUUCGGAUUUACCAUUCUUUUUUCUGCCUGGACAAGACUCUGUUGUGUACCUUCCUUAUUUACAUUCAUUACAUCAAUACGUAUGCUAGCAUCUUGACCACUACGGCCAUCAGUGUCCACCGCUGCUGCACUGUUAGGUUUCCAUUGCGGGUGAGGUCAUGGAGAAGGAAGAAGGAGAUGGCCUUUGCUGUGUGUUUACUCAUUUGGGGAUCUUUGGUGACGAUCGCCGCUGUCUUCCAGAAGGAGAAUUAUCCUAACAAACUGUGGACGCGCUUUGAAAGAUGUAAAGAUCAACCUUUUGCUUUCAAUUUUGUCUUCAUUCUGGUAUUUCUUGGCUUCCUCACUCCCUUUAUUGAUGCUAGUUUUGCUAGUUCUGAUUAUCAGUAUUGUGUUAAAGACAGACGGCGAGUCAUCACCGCUGCAAAGGAGUUUUAUACCGUGAUGCUUACUAUUGGACAUUUUAAAAUGUUGGGGACCUGAUUUUAAAAGGCGGGCCUGGCUUGUUGAGUGACGUGGAAGUCAGCAAAUGAGUUUGUACAUAGGGCUGUCCAUUUUCUUGUUUUAGCUUUAGCCACUUUGUGUGGCGAGUGACUGCGUCAGUUGAGGCCGUCGACAGGUCGGGAAGAUAUGCUUGUGUUUACUGUAUUUUUUUUUGCUGUUUGUUCAAUAAAGUGAAUGAUUGAGCACCAGGAGCUGUUUGUUCUAUCCAAUCCACCUGUUAUGGAUUACAAUUUGUUCUAACUAAUGGUGGAAGGCUUAAUUCAAUUAGUUGACAUUGUUUUCUUUACCAGAGACGUGCAGUUGAGUAACUUAAGCCAGUUGGACUCGAGACGCGUAGUUGAGUACCUUAAGCCAGUUGGACUCUGCAGUAAGUGCAUUGCACUUUAGGUUGUUUUAUUAAGUGUGAAAUGAUCCCAAACUUAGGACAUUCUCUGGCUCUAAAGCACUC